CAGCAAAAAUAAAAGUACAUAAAUAUAUCAAAUUUUUGUUGGACUUGGUGCGUAGGCAACUUUUACGUAGUGGCGAAGUGACAAGACAACUGGGAAAAAAAUAAAAAUAAAAAAUUCAUCCAACUCCAUCGAAAAACAACAUCAAUGGCGUCCAUGUGCGUGAAAGAUCUUCCGCCGGCGUUGGAUUCCAGUUCCGUCCCACCAGCUCUCUUUGAUGGAACUACCAGGUUGUACACUUCUUACUCUUGCCCAUAUGCACAGCGCGUUUGGAUCACGAGAAACUACAAGGGGUUGCAAGAUAAGAUUAAAUUAGUCGGUAUCAAUCUUAAGGACCGGCCUUCUUGGUACAAGGAAAAAGUCUACCCUGAGAACAAGGUGCCAGCUUUGGAACACAAUGGGAAAGUCAUUGGGGAGAGUCUUGAUCUGAUCAAAUAUGUGGACAGCAACUUUCAGGGGCCUUCACUUUUCCCUGAUGAUUCUGCUAAAAGAGAGUUUGGCGAAGAGUUGUUAUCCUAUGUUGACACCUUCACUGGAGCCGUGCGCUCUUCGUUUAAAUCAGACCCAGUAAAAGAAACUGGCACUCAAUUUGAUUACCUGGAACACGCUCUUAAAAGAUUUGAUGAUGGGCCAUUCUUCCUUGGUCAGUUAAGCUUGGUGGACAUUGCCUACCUUACAUUUGUUGAGAGAUUCCAAAUCUUCUUAUCAGAGAUAUGGAAGUAUGACAUUACAGCAGGCAGGCCUUUACUAGAAGCAUGGAUUGAGGAGUUCAAUAAGAGUGAUGCUUAUAAGCAAACAAAAAUUGACCCAAAAGAACUUGUUGAAAGCUACAAAACGCGCUACUUGGUGCAGAAGUAGAAGUGCCAAUUACAUAUCUAGUUAAACGGUUCAUUUCCCAAAUCAGAACUUUCCCAAGUGUUAUGUUUUAGUUUUUGUGCAUCUCAAAAGUAUUAAAAAUUGUGGAGUUACAACUUGUAUUAGGGGAAUGAUCAGUUUGUUAAUAUCUUUUGUAUGCAACAAAAAGGAAGUCCUCAAUUAUCAUGUUUUAUUAACUUAAUUGUGCAAAUUUCCUUA